ACAUUAAAAAGGAAAGUGUGUGAAUAAAUAACACAGAAGUGGUGUAUGUGACAAAUUUUCAUAUCUCCUUGUAUAUAUCUUCACACUUCCUCAAAAGGCAUAAUCUUCCAACUUUCUCGCAUUUUCUUGCUUAAAAAAAUGGCAAUUUCUUUAGCUGCUGCCGGAGCCGCUACCGGUGCCGGAGCUUUGGCUUCUUCUUCUAGCUCUUCUUCCACCAAGUUUUCCUACUUGUCUUCCUUGCAAUUUCCCAGAGAGAUUCGCCGUUUUCGAAUUGGAAACUAUGGGUUGAAAUCCAAGAAAGGGUCUUCACGUCUUUUCCCUCUGGUUGAAGCAAAAAAGCAAACGUUUUCUUCCUUUGAAGAUUUGUUGGAGAACUCCGAAAAACCAUUAUUGGUUGACUUCUAUGCUACCUGGUGUGGUCCUUGCCAGUUCAUGGUUCCUAUUCUAAACGAAGUUGGUGAAUCGAUGAAAGAUAAAAUUCAAGUGGUGAAAAUUGAUACGGAGAAGUACCCAGUUAUUGCAGAUAAGUACAAAAUACAGGCACUGCCAACCUUCAUAUUGUUCAAAGAUGGAAACGUCUGUGAUCGCUUUGAGGGCGCACUCAAUGCUCCUCAAUUGAUGCAGCGCAUAGAAUCUGCACUGGAAGUUAAGCAGUAGUCUUGGCGUUAUGCCUUUCUAAUGCUCGGAUCCUUCUUUCGAAGUCAUUCAUGAUUAAAUUUCAAAGAUCGUAUGCUGUAGAACAUCUCUGGAAGCCUUUCAGUUUCUCACUCCACUGUAUUUGCAAAGAAAAAUGAUUAGAUACAUGGGCAGAAUGGUUAAUUCAUUUGGCCUAACUGCUGCAUUUUUUUCUCCCAUUAAAUAUGUUUGACUUUAAAUUUUUCACAGAAUUGCAAACUUUGAUCAACUGAUGUCAAUGUAUUAAUCAUUCACCAAA